AUGAGUGAUGACAAGGUUUCCGCAAAGAUCCCUCACUUCGAUGGUCUUCAUUAUGAUCAUUGGAGCGAAUUAAUGGAGAACCUUCUUCGUGCCAAAGGCCUAUGGAGUCUCGUUGAGAAUGGUUUCGAGGAACCACGUGCAGGGACAAUACUGACAGACACACAGCAAGAGCAGCUGGAGAAUACCAGAAUGAAGGAUCAUAAGGCGCACCUCCAAAAUUGUUUGGGACUCGCUGAAGAGAAAGUUUGGAGGGAUGAUCUUGUGAAGAAGUCACUUCUGAAUUCAUUAAGAAGAGACUUCGAGGUCCUUGCGAUGAAAGAAACAGAAACUAUUACGGAGUACUUUGCUAAAGUAAUGGCUAUUGCAAACAAAAUGAGGAGCAAUGGAGAGGAGAUGCCAGACUCAAAAGUGGUGGAGAAAGUCCUUCGAACCUUGACGGAGAGGUUUACCUAUGUGGUAGUGUCCAUUGAAGAAUCAAAAGACACAAGUUCGAUGUCCAUUGAUGAACUUCAAAGUUCUUUGGUUGUUCAUGAGCAAAAGUUUAAAAGAACCAGCAUAGAGGUUGAUCAAGUGUUGAAAGUUGAAAGCAGCAGCAGAGGUAGAGGAAGAGGACUGAUCAGAGGCAGAGGGCGUGGCAGAGGACGUCAAACUUUCAAUAGAGCCACGAUAGAGUGCUUCAAAUGUCACAAUUUGGGGCAUUUUCAGUAUGAAUGUCCUAAAUGGAACAAGGAAGCUAACUACGCACAACUGAAUGAGUAA